AUGUUUCUAAAACAUCUUGAUCUCACUACUGCUCUCCGGCCCGCGUACCUCCCUGACGAGGCCUUGCUUUUUGUUCAGGAUAACGUGGGCCUGUACGAGGGCAAGUACAAGUUGCCGAAUCAGCAGAAUGGCCAAGUUUAUCUCACCUCCCACCGGAUCUGCUACGUUGACAAGGAAGAACCUCGAAAACAUUCGGUUGCCCUUGACCUCAGGGAUGUCGAUCGGUACGAGUUUUAUGCUGGUUUCUUGAAAUCAUCGCCCAAGGUCACCCUUGUGCCGAAGCCACUGAAAAAGUCGUCUCUCUAUACCAGAGCCUCUGCCAUCUCAUCCCCGAAUUCCGCCCGUGGUCACGCCUCUUCUCCGGGUUAUGCUGAUGGUCCUUACCGGUCAUCGCCGGAGCCCGCACUUGUCGCAAAUGCGACUUGGGUCUGCACUAUAUGCAGCUUUUCGAAUGCUGUACCUUCGAACUUCGAUCCUACAACCGCUAACCUCCAUACCCCUCUGCCACCCUGUCUGGCCUGCGGUAUCAAGCCGACAUUAGCCCACGUACUCAAGGCGGCUAUAUCCAACGCGACAAGCAGGCCACCAGCACCCGCAAGUCCCGUACCGUCCACAAACUCCAUUCGUUCCAGUUUCCCGACAGAAGGUUCACAUGCGCCUACUCCGCCACUCAUUUCGUCUGGUACUGCUAGUAUCCCCGAUCCGUCAUCAGACUCGACUUCUCGGUUUCAGUGUCCCCGAUGUACUUUCCUCAACCACCCAUCUCUUCUAUCCUGCGAGAUCUGCGGUGCUUCAUUGCUCUCGCAGAACAGCGCCCAACUGAGAGGUCAGGGCGGGUCUAUCAGGACCGAGUCACCGGGACCCGUGCGGAACCAGUCCCGUGGGCUGGACACGGCUGAGAGCAUCAAAGUCUCGUUUCGAGGUGGCGGGGAGAAGAUAUUCUACGAGCGUCUAAAGGGAUCUAUGAUCCAACGCAAAUGGCUACUGCAAGGCGCCCCCCCUGUACCCAAGAGUGCCAGGACCAUUGACGAGAACGGCGCCGUUGUUCGCUCACCUCUGGGAGAAGGCACAGGGCGAAAGAAAGGGGUGGGUAUUGCCGGGCUGGAGCAGCGAGGGCUGGACAUACGCAAGAAUAACGAGGUCAUGAUUGGAAGUGCCUUUGAGGAUCUUGAUGCCCUCAUGGCGUCGGCCAAGGAGAUUGUGGCGUUAGCCGAGAGAUUUGCGCGGCAAGGGAAUGGCGGCAGCGGUGCGGCAGCCUCUGAAGCCAAUACCGUCCUGGCGGAAUCGGCGAGUCAGCUCGGAUUAGUGACGACGAAGGACAUCGUGGGAGGCAGCAGCUCAGAGAGGUUGUAUCUCUCCGAACUGGCCCGCAACCUCGCCGAAUUCUUGACCGACGACGCCAGAGGUGUGCUCAGGAAGGCCGGGGGUGUCAUCAAUUUCGUCGACCUCUGGGCCAUGUUCAACCGCGCUCGCGGCGGCGUCGAGCUGGUGAGCCCGAACGAUUUCGAAAAGGCCGCUCGGAUGUGGGAACCGCUCAAGCUCCCGGUCCGGCUGAGGACAUUCAAGAGUGGCGUCAUGGUGGUCCAGAGCAGCGACCGCACCGACGAGACCACGAUCAAGUCCAUACGUUCCUGGCUCGCCGACCUCCGAGAGUUUCCUCCGGACAAAGAAGUGCCCUGGAACUGGCACCGGUUCGGCCGUGGCGUGACAGCCCGGGAUGCAGCGGAGCGAUUUGGCUGGAGCAUCGGCGUGGCCGAAGAAGAGCUCGAGAUGGCCGAAGAGCGCGGGAUUCUCUGCCGAGAGGAGGGCAUCGAAGGCCUAAAGUUUUGGGAGAACUUCCUCGAUCCAGGUGCCGCUACUCGCAAGCCGCGAAGAAAGGUAUUAGCAGAGCCAGAGAGGAUCCUUAAGGCACUGGAAGAAACGGGAUUCCUUUGA